UCAAAAUGUGAUAAAAUGAACGCAUUACCUCAAGGAAGCAGAAUUACCUUCAAACAAGCGAAGCCAAAUCCGCUUUUUCAGGGUUGGUUGGAAGAAUUGCAUAAAGAAGCAGUUGAGAAUGAAAGUAAUUUAGAGCCGGUCGUGAAGGAAGCCCUGACCGCUCUCUCCAAGUAUCCCUUACCUCUGCAGAGUGGUACUGAAUGUGCCAUCCUUAAAGGUUUUGAUAAAAAAUUAUGUGCAUACUUAGAUAAGCGUUUAGAAGUACAUAAUUAUAACAAGAAUUUGCUCACAAAUAAUUCAUCGCCAAGGAGCUCUGACACAGAAACUUAUGAUCUAGAUAGCCCUGUAAGAAUUGACAGUGAACCGCUAUCACCAGUCAAUGUACCCUGUAAUUCAAACUCGUACAGUUCCGGAAACACAAAUUUGAGGCCAGAAAAUCAAGAGAAUGUUGCACAAAGCAGUGAUGCUUCAGGCAGUAGCAAACCCAAAGCUAAAAAGAAACAGAGGGGUGUAUACAAACCAGCAUUCCGCUCUGGCAGUUAUGCUAUUCUUAUUGGCCUCCUUGAACAUUUAAAAGAGAAUCCUGAUAGUCCAGCUUUGAAAAAGGAAGAUUUAAUUGAUAUAGCACAGAAACACAGUGAAGAAUCUUUUACUAGACCGAAGCCAGAGUCUUUCUACACGGCGUGGAGCAACAUGACGAGAUUAGUAACUAAAGGGCUCGUAAAUAAAAGGAAGAAUGGUAGGAAAAUUGAGUAUUUUUUAACAGAUGAAGGAAUUUCAAAGGCACAAGAGCUUUUAAAGGAAUAUGCGAACACACCCACAGCUAAUGACAUUAUCUUUAAUGGUGCCAGUCCACGAAGACUUCCAGCUGUAGAACUAGAUAUAGAAAUGGAUAGGCCAAUUGUUAGAGAAGCUGUAACAUCUCCAGUAUUAGAAAUAAAAAAUCUGGAUGCUGUGGAAAUGCCUCCUGGAUCCUUUGAUGUCAUUUUGUUGAUUGAUAAAUGUGAAACAAGUGGAUUGUCAAACAAAAAUGAUCCAACCGUUACACAGUUCAAGAAAUACCCAGACUUAAAACACGAGUACAGAAGUUUAAAAGUCGGAGACUUCACAUGGGUGGCUCAGAACAAAGCCAACAAGGACCAAGAACUUGUUCUUCCAUACGUUGUAGAGAGAAAGCGAAUGGAUGAUCUUGGAUCUAGCAUCAAGGAUGGCAGGUUCCACGAGCAGAAAUUUAGAUUAAGGAAGUCGGGAUUAAAAAAUGUUAUUUAUCUAGUUGAGAAUUACGGUUCUAAUAAACAUGUAGGUCUGCCAAUCCAGUCGUUGAUGCAAGCCUUGCAGAACACGAGAGUGCAGGAUAAUUUUAAAGUGCACGAGACAGACUCAUUGAAGAACUCCGCAAGGUUUUUAGCAAUGAUGACUAAAAGACUGACAAUAGAGUAUAAGGACAAACAUUUAAAAGGAUACAACACAGAACCACAAGGUGACGAGCUAAUGACAUUCUCAUUUCUCAACCAGGCGUCUAAAAAAACGAAGCCUCUAACUGUCACAGAGACUUUCAUAAAACUGCUACUUCAACUCAAAGGCGCGUCUGUUGAAAAAGCUCUGGCAAUCACCGAGGUUUACAAAACCCCACACUCCCUUAUAGAGGCAUAUGAAAACUGUAGUCAGAAAGAGGGAGAAUUUUUACUUGCCAAUUUGAAGUAUGGCGAUUUGAAUAGGAAUGUGGGGCCGACAGUCAGCAAAUCUGUCUACCAUUUGUUUUCUAAUAUAAAUCUUGCUUGACAA